AUGAAGAAUGAAGAGUGCCCUGCCCCAGCAAGCACCUACUCCUAUCAAAAUGAAAAGCGUGACUUUACUUUACUAAACAAGCAAGAAAGCCCUUUCUAUCUUAUUAAAGGAGUAUCUGACGAUACCCUGCAAUCAAAGUCAAAUAGCUUCGAGCCUAUCUAUACUAUAGUAAGGGGACCUUUCAAUAAGGUUCGCGCUAGGCGUUCACGUUUUUUGGCUUUCCUAAAAUCGAGAAUUUUGAAGUUGGUAAAGACCACCCCCUGUUUCAGUCAGAAUGAGUCCCGGGACCCCGGGAUUGGCUUCCGCCAACAGUGA